AUGGAACUAAGAAUUGAAUAUGUUAGGGAUAUAAAUGACUCCAAAUAUUUGUGGAAGAUUGUUGUGAGGUGUAAAGAUUUGUGGUCUGUCAUAAGUGCCUCUAACAAAGAGCAUUUGGAAAUGGUUUUGAUUGAUGCAAAGUGCGCCAUGAUCCAAGUAAUUGUACCACCGCAUUUGAUUUUGAAACAUAAGUCUGCGCUUGCAUUUGGAAAUACCUACAUCAUGCUGAAUUUCAAGGUUUCCAAUGAUGAUUUCUCCUUUAAAUCAACCAGUCAUAGUUUCAAGUUGGUAUUUUAUGAUAUUCUUGGAGGAGUUACGAAAAUCAAUCAGACCCAAAUGAAUGCUGAAAAUAGCAAAAGCAAGUUUGUCUUCACUAUAACUGAUAUGAGUCAUAAGGAUGUUGAUAGUGUUGUUGUAAUUUUGCAUAAUGCAAGAAUUAAGGGAGCUCAAGGUGGUUUUCCAUUGAAUGUGUCCAACACAUGGAAUGACACAAGGUUGACAAUCAACGGUGUUAGCAUAUUUGAAAUUAAGCAGUUAGAAGAAAGGUGA